AGAGAUAUUACAGUCGCCAGGAUAAAUAGCACGUUUUUAGAAUUAUCGUAGUUUCGAAUUGUUGUAGUAAAACCAGAAGAAUUACUUUAGGAAACUUUUUCUGUUGCCAAGUAAUUGCUCAGGCGUUACUAUAGUAACCGAUUGCCCGGAUGUAAGCUUUUACCGGCGCGUGUCCAAGUGCGGAAUCAGACGAGUUCAGAUCAUCUCGUGUCGGAAUAAAUAAUUAAAGCAAAUUAAAUUAACUCAUAACUGAAGCUGAAGAUGGAAGACGACAGUGUGUGCAGUAUAAGCAGUAUAGAAGGACUGUCGCACCUACCAGAGUCAUCCUGCCAGGUAGCUUCUUAUCUACACCAGAAAAGGUUGUUCCCUCCGCUCCUGGAGAGCACACGGUGGACUCAGGUGGCUCUGUCUGAUGAUCAGAGGCAGCACAGGACACCGAGCGAGUGCAUCGCUAACAACUACAGCCCACAGGCUCGACACCUGAAGAUCACACACCUGCAGCCCACACACUACUUCAGAUGUUCUGCUCCAUCAGAGAAGAGGGUAAAACCUUGCAGACUGCACAGGCAGGCAGUGACCUCAGUGAGUCACCCUUUAGCCCCUGAACAGCAGCUGGCCAUCAUGAGGGCGCAGGAGGAGCUGGAAAAGAAAUACUUUACAGAACCCACUCCUACUGAGUUAGAGAGAUAUAUUUACUACAUCACCAGUGGGCUUCAGGAGGAUGCUGUCACCCCUCAGCCUCCUCACCACAUCACUAACAUCCUUAAGCUCCUUCCUGUCAGUUUCCAUGGUAACAAGAUGCUGCAAAACCUAUUGGAGGAAGUGAAGAGCAGUUUUUAUUUCAGCAUUCGCAAAAGCAUAGUGGAUUACAUCCUGUUGGAUGAGCAGCAGAGGAUGAGGCUGUCCAUCUCCAGUGUUCCUCGUCCUGUUCCUCAGCGUGUGAUUCAGGCUCCAGUCCCCUGGACUCACUCUUACAGACAUGCUCACAGCUGGUGCACACAGAACCUUUUUACCCUCAAUCCCAUAAUGCAUCAGCUUCAGGAACUCUGGAUCAACAAUUUCUCACACCUACGUUUUGUGCAUUUGGAGGAUUUUCACUUUGAGAAUUCGCCGCUGCUGCCCUCUGAGUUUCAGCAGCUUAUAGAAACACAGUGUCAGACCAUCAGAGACUUGCUCAUCAACAUGUGGGUGCCACAGUGUGCAUCACUCUUCUAUACCUAUAAGGAUGCCUGGUUACCCCUGGUGCCACAGAGAGAGGAUGUUGUCCCAGUGAAGGCACAGAAGUUCUUCUCCUCUGUGGCUGCACUGAUGUCACUUCAGCUUCGCAGCCUGGUGAUUACAUCACUGCAUGACCUGCUGCACUUCCUGUCACUAUACCAGGAUGGUAAUGAUUUCAGGGAGUGUUAUGAUGAGCUGAGUUACACACAGCGCCCUCUCCUGUUAGUCAAGAUGAAGGUAGAAGAGUCGAGUGUCACCUUUCAGCCUCCUCUGUCUCAUUGCUGGGAGCUCAUCAUGAGCUCCUUCAUCCACAUCAUCUCCAGCGCUGAACACUUACCUCGGGUGGAGUGUAACCUGUUCCCUGAGCUCCAGAGGACAGAUUUGACACUGCGCUCAGUCAGACAUGAUGAAUUGCUUGUGACAGACGUACUAACCCAAGCCAGAGUGAUCUAUCAAAGGAACACUGUAGGACCUCAUAGAUAUUUGGAAAUUUAUAAUAAAUACAGCAACCUGCUGGAUCAGUCAGCCAGUCAAGAGGUUCUGUCAUACUUACAGGAGAAACACUCUCUACAGGGCUUUGUCAAAAAGAUUGAGGGAGUGAAUCAUGUGUGUAGUGAGAUCUCCUCUCUACGUGUGACCGUCCCUCUGUCACUCUUCUGUCUGGAUGCUGUGAAGCUGCACCAGGAUCUGUGUGACCACACAGAGAACCUGAAACAUCUGCUCAUUAACUACGAGGUGGAGGAGAACCGAAAACUUAACCAGAGUAUUUGUCAGCAGUACCAGCAGAUUGUGAACACAGUGAUGACUGUACCAGCCAACACAGAAGAACUGGUGGAGCUCAGUAACUUCCUGAAAGUCACCAGUGAUGUGACUCUACACACACUGCGGGAUGAAGUUAGCGAAGCGGCUAUACGCCUGGACUUCCUGCUGGACUACGCCAGUCUCUCUGGUGAUGACAUUAAGCUGAACAGCAGAGUGUUCCACUGGCCAGAACAGAUCCGUAGUGUGUGUGAGGUCCAUAAGGAAAAACUGACCAGUCAGAGAGAUCAUGUUGAGGAGGAGCUUCACAUGAAGGCUACACUGCUGGAACAAACACUGCAAAGUUUAUCUAAAGACAUGGAAACGUUUAAGAAGAAAGAAAUUAUGAGUGUGGAGGAGCUGAAGAACAAUGUGGAGAAACUCAAUGAGAUCACAGAUUGCCUGGAGAAUGCCAGCACACAGCUUGAGCACAUUAACAAGGAGGAGGUUUUGUUGGCAAAAGACCAGACUCAUUUACCUUUGGUGCAGACCAUCAUGACCAACAAACAGCCUUAUGAUCAGCUGUGGAGCACUGCUCUGAACUUCCACACUAACUCAGAGAUCUGGAUGAGUGGCCCUUUCAUGGAGCUGAAUGCAGAGCAGAUUUCUGAUGACCUGUCUAACAUGUACAGACACAUGUACAGGGCUGUGAAGGUCUUCUCUGAGAUUGCGGCUCCACGCAGAGUGGCCGAAUGUUUCCGUACCAAAAUCGACAAAUUCAAGCAGCACCUACCCAUCCUCAGCACCAUCUGUAACCCUGGCAUUAAAACCCGCCACUGGGAAAAGAUCAGCAGCAUUGUGGGAUUUGAGGUAAAGCCAGGCGUAGACACUUGUCUCGCAGACAUGCUGGAGCUUGGCCUGCACAAAUAUGCUGACAAGAUAGAGGAGAUUGGUGCAGCUGCCAGUAAGGAGUAUUCUCUGGAAAAGGCUUUAGACAAGAUGAAGAACGAGUGGACAGACCUCCAGUUUGCCUUCACAGAAUACAGAGACACGGGUACAAGUGUUGUAUCUGCAGUGGAUGACAUCCAGGUGUUGUUGGACGAUCACAUCAUUAAGACACAAACAAUAAAGGGAUCUCCAUUCAUCAAACACAUUGAGGAUGAGUGCAAGGAAUGGGAGGACAAGAUCUUGGAGAUGCAGGCCAUUUUGGAUGCUAUGUUGAAGUGUCAGUGCGCUUGGCUCUAUCUGGAGCCCAUCUUCAGCUCAGAGGACAUCAUCGCACAGAUGCCUGAGGAGGGCCGGAAGUUCAAAAUUGUUGACGCAUGCUGGAGGGAAAUUGUUGCAGAAGCGUUAAAGGACACACACGUGUUAGUGAGCACAUCACAGCCCAACAUGCUGGAGCGUCUGGACGAGUCAAACGUCUUCCUGGAGGAAAUUCAGCGUGGUCUGAACACCUACCUGGAGGAAAAACGGCUCUACUUUCCCAGGUUCUUCUUCCUGUCAAAUGAUGAGCUUUUGGAGAUCCUGUCAGAGACGAAGGAUCCUCAGAGAGUCCAGCCUCACCUGAAGAAGUGCUUUGAGGGAAUCGCUAAGCUGGAGUUCACCACAGAGCUCGUGAUCACUGGCAUGAUCAGCUCAGAGAAAGAGAUAGUCCCCUUUACACAACCCAUCGACCCUGCUAAGGCCAAGGGCAUGGUUGAGAAGUGGCUCCUGGAGGUAGAGCACACGAUGCUGGGAAGUGUAAAGGAUGUUAUACAAAGUGGGUUAGAGCAGUAUCCUAAGGUCCCCAGGAAGAAGUGGGUGUUGCAGUGGCCUGGUCAGGUAGUAAUCUGUGCGUCCUCCAUCUUUUGGACCUCUGAGGUAUCCAACGCUAUACAGAAUAAUACUCUGCCUGCAUACGCAGAGCAGUGUAAUGCUCAGAUUGCAGACAUUGUUGAGCUGGUCAGGGGGAAACUCCCAGGAGGAGCGAGACUUACACUGGGAGCUCUAACAGUUAUCGAUGUGCACGCUCGUGACGUUGUGGUGAAGCUGGCGCAGGAUGGCGUGUGCUCUCUAAAUGACUUCCAGUGGAUCUCACAGCUGAGAUAUUACUGGGAGGGAAGUGAGGUCAUGGUGAGGAUGAUCACCACUGAGGUCAUAUAUGGAUACGAGUACUUGGGGAACUCACUACGACUCGUCAUCACCCCGCUCACGGACCGCUGCUACAGGACACUAAUGGGAGCUCUGAAGCUGAAUCUGGGUGGAGCUCCAGAGGGACCUGCAGGAACAGGAAAAACAGAGACCACCAAAGAUCUGGCCAAGGCUCUGGCCAAACAGUGUGUGGUGUUUAAUUGUUCAGAUGGUCUUGACUAUAAAGCGAUGAGUAAGUUCUUCAAAGGUUUGGCUCAGUCAGGAGCGUGGGCGUGCUUCGAUGAGUUCAACCGUAUUGAGGUGGAGGUGUUAUCAGUAGUGGCUCAGCAGGUGUUGAGUAUUCAACAGGCCAUAAUAAAGAAUCUACAGAGGUUUAUGUUUGAGGGAACUGAACUCUCACUGAACCCAACCUGCUGUGUGUUCAUCACCAUGAACCCAGGAUACGCCGGCCGAGCAGAGCUGCCUGAUAACCUUAAAGCUCUGUUCCGUACAGUAGCCAUGAUGGUGCCAGAUUACGGACUGAUUGGAGAAAUAUCACUCUACUCUAUGGGCUUUAUUCAGUCCCGCAGCCUGGCACAGAAGAUCGUAGCGACAUAUCGCCUGUGUUCAGAACAGCUGUCCUCACAGCACCACUAUGACUAUGGCAUGAGAGCCGUCAAAUCAGUCCUGACUGCAGCAGGGAACCUGAAACUAAAGUUCCCACAGGAGGACGAGAGCGUGCUGCUGCUCAGAGCACUGAUGGAUGUCAACAUGGCUAAAUUCCUCGCCCAAGACGUCCCUCUCUUCCAGGGUAUUAUAUCAGAUCUCUUUCCCAGUGUGGUUUUGCCAAAGCCUGAUUAUGGGUUAUUGCUAAAAGCUCUGGAUGAAAACAUCAGGAAACUCAAACUGCAGCCUGUUCCCUGGUUCAUCGGCAAGAUAAUACAGGCGCCAAGGUUGCUGGAAGGAGAUGAACAACUGAGGGACUGGAUUUAUGAGAGUAACCGACAUGGCAUUAAUGCUGUUUAG